UUCUCAACUUGAACAACAUGGAAGUAGAUCAACGUGUCGUUUUACCAGGCGAUAAGAUCGAUGUCAAUACAGAAUCAACUAUCAUACUGGGCCCUGGAUUAAGACAAGAAGGAGACGAUAUUGUGGCUGUCAAAGCUGGGUUUUUACGUCAUUUAGAAGCAGGCAAUAGAUAUUGGAUCGAGAGUAAUCAAAAAAGAUAUAUUGCUUCAACAGGUGAAUCUGUGAUUGGUACUGUCAUGGCUAAAAUGGGUGAAUAUUUUCGUGUGGAUAUUGGUACAGCACACUCUGCUGUGUUGCCCAUGUUGGCUUUUGAAGGUGCCACCAAGCGUAAUAGACCCAACUUGCAAGUGCAUUCACUUGUGUACUGUCGUGUUGCCAUGGCAAAUCCUGAUAUGGAACCUGAGCUUGAAUGUGUGAACCCUACAACAGGUAAAGCAGAUGGAUUUGGUGAACUUGCAGGAGGAUACAUGUUUAAAUGUUCUCUUGGUCUAUGUAGAAGACUGCUUAACCCAGAGACACCUAUUCUGAAAUUACUAGGUGAACAUUUCCCUUUUGAAACAGCAGUUGGUAUGAAUGGUAGAGUGUGGGUGAAUUCAGAAGAAGUCAAGAAUACUAUCUUGAUAUCCAAUGCUAUUCAAAACUCUGAGUACUUGAGUGCAGACGAGUGUAAGCAGAUGGUUCAAGAUUUGGUUUCUAAAUUAUAAUUGUAUAAAGCAUACCUUAAAUAUCAUUGACAUAUUACUUUCACUCUUUGUAUGCGCAAAAGGGGUUCUUUUUUUUUGUUAUACAUGAUGCUGCCAUAAUUUUCUUUGACAUACGGCAUGUCCCAAAUAUAAGCAAAAGUAAAGCGUGGUUAUUUCAAGAAAUGAAAGGCAUAAAAU